AGUGCUCUUGUAAAGAUGGCGUCCGUGAGGGUUGUACGAGUAAAAGCUGGACGCUUCGCCGUCGCUAGCUCUGAUUGUACUUCAUUUGAAACAGUCCGAGCGAGUAUUACCUUUGUUUAUAUUGUCUAGGGAACUCAUUAUCAGUCCGAGUUUUAUUGCGGGGGUUUCUUUUAUCUUCGCUUAUGAUCGAUUUGGCUGGUUAUUAGCUUCAACUUGGAAAAGCCAGCGCUAGCCCUGGCUAAGCUAUGUAACGCCACAGCUGUUUUGGCAUCUUUGUGUAGCGUUCCUGGAGUGAUAUUUUGGGAAGCAAAGUACUCGUGUCGAUCUGUUUUUUUUUUUUUUUUUACAAAACAAAAACUGCUGGUAAUGACUCGGUUGGAUUAAAAUAAUUUUGUAGUUAGCGGGUGACUGGUCCUCUGGCAUUGCGACACUGUUUUGGAGUGUCACGGUGGAGUAAGCCGUCAUGUAUUUUCUUACCGGCUGGCCCCGGAGGCUGCUCUGUCCACUAAAGAGCAAGGAAGAGCCCUUCUUCAUCCAACCCAGCUCCCAGCGCUUUUACUUCGCCGUGGUCUCUCAGACUCAGCUGAGCAUCUGGUUUAGUCGGCCCAGUGUUUUGAUUGUCAGCUACAUUGAAUCAGUAAAAGCUGCGACCCAGUUUGGAUCUUAUGAAAAAGCGGAAUGGAAACCAGACGACUCGAUGAUAGCUGUGGCGAGUGCCAAAGGGUAUGUCCUCAUGUUCGAUGUGCUGGGUGGAGGAGACGACCGCUGUCUCUAUGAGCCUGUGUACCCGAGGGGGAGUUCUCGUAUGAAGCUCAACCCAGGUUAUAAGGAAGAACAAUGUGCGCCCGCUUUGUCCUUAGAGAUGAAGAAGCCUGUGGAUCUGGAAGCCCCCAUCACCAGUUUGCAGACUCUUCAAGAAGAUCUGCUCGUGUGCACAGCUGACGGCUAUCUUCACGUGCUGCACUGGGACGGGCUUGGAAGCAAUGGGCGCAAAACCAUCUGCCUUACUACAAUCCCCUUCUCACUAGACCUUCAGUCUGCCCGAGGUGGUCCCUCUUUGGAUCUGGAGGGAGUUUAUAUUUGCUGUAUGGAGUAUUGCAUAACUCUGGAUGGCUUUGCUGUGGUAUUAAGUGAUGGACGACUGGGAUUCAUCACUCCACUUAGCAACACUAUUUCAGCCGAUCAGCUACAGGGCGUCUGGGCACCUGAUGUGACUGACGGUACAUAUGUUGCUGUCAACAACAAGUACAGACUGAUGGCCUUUGGCUGUGCAAGUGGUUCCGUGCUGGUUUACACAAUUGACACCACAACAGGAUUCAUGCAGCUUUCCCACAAACUGGAACUCACCCCCAAACACUACCCAGACAUUUACAAUAAAACAGGUGCAGUCAAACUCAUUUGCUGGUCACCUGACUACAGCGUUGUCAUGGUUACAUGGGAGUGUGGUGGCUUAUCAUUAUGGAGCGUCUUUGGUGCACACCUCUUUUGCACUCUGGGAGAAGACUUUGCACACCGUUCAGAUGGAACAAAGAAGGAUCCCAUUAAAAUCAGUUCUAUGAGCUGGGGAGCAGAAGGUUAUCAUCUGUGGGUUAUCCCAAACAAAAGUGAGAGAAGAACAGAGGAGGAGCAGGUGGUCCAGGAUGAAGAGCUAAAAACCCCUCAUAAAAACCCCUCGUCUUGUCUGCAAGCUGGCAUUUUUCAGUUUUACUUCAUAAAGAGUGCCCUCACAGUUAACCCUUGCACGCAGAGUAACCAAGAGCAAGUGCUCCUCCAUGGGGAAGACCGCCUCUACCUGACCUGCGGUGACCCUGCACAGGUCCACAGCUCCCUGGACACACACCAGCCCCCUAACCGGGACUCCUCCAUCUCUCAGGGACUUAGCACUUUAUUGGGACACAAGCACUGGCAUGUAGUUCAGAUUCACAGCACAUACCUUGAAAGCAACUGGCCCAUACGGUUUGCAGCUAUAGAUACAGCAGGCCAAUGCAUGGCUGUGGCAGGAAGGCGGGGUUUUGCACAUUACUCUUUAUAUACAAGAAAAUGGAAACUAUUUGGAAAUGUAACUCAGGAGCAGAAUAUGACCGUUACUGGGGGUCUAGCCUGGUGGAAUGAGUUUGUGGUGGUGGCCUGUUACAGCUUUAAUGACCAGCAAGAGCAACUGAGGCUGUACCUGCGGACAUCAAACCUGGACAACGCCUUUGCCUCCGUCACAAAGUUACACUCUGAUACUUUACUGCUGAAUGUUUUUAGAGACAUGGUCAUUCUGUUCAGAGCAGACUGUUCCAUUUGUCUCUAUAGUUUAGAAAGGAGGAAUGACAGCCCAAGCCCCUCGGUUAAUGUGGAGUUGCUUCAAGAGGUGUCCAUGUCACGCUACAUUCCCCAUCCUGGUCUGGUUGUCUCUGUGACUUUGACAUCUGUACGGACAGAAACUGGCAUCACGCUGAAGGCCCCGCAGCAGGCGUGCAUGGCUGAAAGCAUCAUGUUAAAUCUGGCUGGCCAGUUGAUUAUGCUCCAGAGGGAUCGUUCAGGGCCACAGGUACGAGAGAAGGAAACUGCUAUGAACAACAAAAAGCCGCUACCUUUUUGUCCACCUGUUGUGCUGGCUCAGUGUGUAGAGAAUGUGUGGACAGCCUGCCGCUCCAACAAGAAGAAGCGCCACCUGCUGGAGGCCUUGUGGUUGUCCUGUGGUGAGGCAGGGAUGAAAGUGUGGCUUCCACUGUUUCCUAGAGACCACCGCAAGCCCCACUCCUUCCUUUCGCGACGUAUCAUGUUGCCGUUCCAUAUAAACAUUUAUCCAUUGGCUGUGCUGUUUGAGGAUGCACUUGUGCUGGGGGCAUCGAAUGAGACUGUACUGUAUGAUGGGCUGCAGGCAUCCUCUGAGUCACUAGAGGCACUAUUUCCUUACUGCACAGUGGAGAGAACAUCCCAGAUCUACCUUCAUCACAUCCUGAGACAACUGCUGGUUCGCAACCUGGGGGAACAGGCUUUAAUGCUGGCCCAGUCCUGUGCCUCUCUGCCGUACUUUCCUCAUGUCAUGGAGUUAAUGGUGCAUGUGGUAUUAGAAGAAGAAGCCACAUCACGGGAGCCCAUACCCGACCCUUUACUGCCCACUGUGGCCAAGUUUAUCACAGAGUUCCCCUUGUUCCUUCAAACCAUUGUUCACUGUGCCAGGAAGACGGAGUACGCCUUGUGGAAUUACCUAUUUGCCGCUGUGGGCAACCCCAAGGAUCUGUUUGAGGAGUGUCUGAUGGCUCAAGACCUAGACACUGCAGCCUCCUACCUUAUUAUUUUGCAGAACAUGGAGGUCCCAGCAGUGAGCCGGCAACAUGCCACUUUACUAUUUAACACUGCUCUUGAACAGGGCAAAUGGGACUUGUGUCGGCACAUGAUCCGAUUUCUCAAAGCCAUUGGUUCUGGGGAAAUGGACACACCACCUCCCACUCCUACCACUCAGGACCCCACCUCAGGAGGGUUUGAGUUUUUCAGAAAUCGAAGUAUUAGUUUGUCCCAGUCAGCAGACUCUGUUGCUACAGGCAAAUUCAAUCUUCAGAAGACUUUCAGCAUGCCCAGUGGGCCUUCUGUAAAAGGGCGAGAUGUGGAGUGUGCAGAGAACAUGUACAUUGACAUGAUGCUGUGGCGCCACGCUCGACACCUGCUGGAGCAGGUGCGCCUCCGUGACCUUGGUUGUUUCUCUGCUCAGCUUGGCUUUGAGCUCAUUGGCUGGUUGUGUCGUGAAAGAAACCGCGUCGCUAGGGUUGAAGAUUUUGUUUUUGCAUUAAAAAUUCUACAUAAAGAUUUCCUGUGGCCAUUUCCUGUUAUCCCUGUUGGCUGUAUUAAUUCUCCACUAAAGAAUGGAAAGUGUCGGCCAGUGCUGAGCACCAGGUUGUUAAAGUCUGGGUCGGCUGACAGUCUUUUGCACAGCGACAUGGACACAGCACCUCUUCAGACCACUCAAAACACCAGCACGUGGAUAGAUGGCAUGGCUCAGAGGACCACAGACAUGGACACAGCUUCCUCUGCUCUCUCAAACCAACAGUCACCACAGACCCAAGAUGCUUUUCUCUCUCUCAUCACAAACAAAGUGGAGGAAUACAGCAUUGGCUCAGCUACUGACCUGACAGAGACGAGUUCAAUGGUGGAUGGAGACUGGACAAUGGUCGAUGAAAACUCUUCAACACUAUGCUUGAGCCAAGCAGAAUUGGAGCAUAUUUCCAUGGAGCUGGCAAACAAGGGCCCACACAGGUCUCAAGUUCAACUCAGGUACCUCCUGCAUGUGUUCAUGGAAGCAGGCUGUCUUGAGUGGUGUGUUGUUAUUGGUUUGAUCUUGAGAGAUGCCAGUGUCAUCAAGCAGGUAAUCAGCUUCUUGGAUCACCCAGAAAUUCCACCAGAAACUGUAAAGAACAUUAAAAAUGGCUUAUUAGCUGUUGAGGCAUGGGCUUCCACAGACUGUUUGGGAUACAAACCAUUUUUCAACUUAAUCCAAGCACAGUUACAGCAGCUGCUGGAAUCCACAACUGAACAGAUACAAGUGGAAGCAUUUCAGCCCAGCAGCCAGUCAAAGCUAGGGGGCGCUGAGGGGCAAAUAUGUCCUGCAAGCCCUCGGCCUGAAGACAGUCGCGGAGGUACCACUCCACUAGGCCUGACGCUGCCCAGCCUAGAGCCUGUGGGGGGCUUUUCCCGGCCCUUGUCUGAGGACUGUCCAGACGAACCGAUAAAGGAGCAGGAGGACGAGGAGGGAGCUUAUGACUGCACCUUGUCCUGAAGUGUUGGACUCAAACUUGAAUCUGUUGAACUCUUACUGGAGAUAGACUUACAGGCCCUACUUCAGUCAGUAUUAGCCACUCUUUAGUGUUGACUGUAAUGCAGUGCCAUCAGGACUUCAGCACAACCCAAGCUCAUUCACUUUGACUUUUCCUUAUGGAGAGAUGAUAAGAUAAGUGUUAUGUACCAACUUUUAGGCAUUUUGAUUUUGACGGAUUGAAAAUCAAAACGACUCUCUAAAGUAUGUUUCAGCCUUUGGAAAUUGUGCACUUUAUGUGUACAGAACUUUUUCAUACCUCAUGAUUUUAAAAUAUUUUCUGAAAGCCUUUUUAUAGAGUAACAGUACAAACAUAUUUUUCUAUAUGGCCAGUGCUGUCCUAUUUCCAUAUAAAAAUAUAUAUGAAAUGCAAAAUGACAAAAUGGUUUAGAAUUUUUUACAGAAAUUAUGAAAGGAUUCUGUAUUACUAGUUUCUUACCAGCCAACAGUACAGCUGCUCAUGUAUUUUUCACUAACCCUAUGAGGCUGUAACAAAAUCCCCUCCACUCUGACCAUCCUGAGUGAUGGGAACUGGAGCCAGUAUCGGUUAUUUACUUUCCUCGAACAAGUAAAGCAAACAUCAGUGUUGAGGUGAGCUCUCAGUGUGAGAGUGCUGAACAGGCCAGAUUUAAAGCUGCAGUGCAGUGAGGGGCCUGGCCAACUCCAUUGUGUGGUGAGCAAAUGUAAAACACUUUAUCCACUCACAUUUAAGUUUGUAUAUUUUGUGAAAUGUAGGGUAUGAGUUUAACAGCCUCAUGUAAACCUGAUGGGCCCAUAAGUGUUGAGCUUUUGUAUGGGUUUGAUAGGGUGUACUAUAUUGUUGAAAUCACUUUGAUAAAGUGGUGGAUAUUUCAUUGAUUUUUAUUGUAUUAUACAUAUUAUUUAUUGGCAUUGUUGUGUUUUAUUGCUGUGUAGCUUAGUGAUGUGCUCAGCUGUCUUAAGACUGGUGAACAUUUAGUUAAUUAAACUUGUGAAUUGGCUCAAAGCACAAAAGUGUGUCACCUGAAAGUCAGUAUUAGUUUGUCCAAUGUUUUAAGAUGUUGUUUGGCUUUACCUUUAUUUUUUGAUUAAUUUUAAUCGCUUAACUUUAUCCAAACUUGCUUUUACUUUCUCAGGUUCACCCAUUUUUUUCCAUAGGAACUUUUGCUAUUUUGCCUGUUUAAAGUAACCAUUGAUAUCUUUAUUAUUAAAACUGAGUUUUUCCAUGACAGGACAAAUGACACCAUGGUACAGUCAGUGUGGCUUAUGUUGACACCGCAGAGGGCCUAGAUAUGACAAAGCCUACAGCUACACAAUGCUGCUCCGCUGUAAGCUUUACUUGAAUAACUGACAAACCAAAGACUAUGUCAAGAGAGGCCUUCACUUUGCUCCAUUUAUUGUUUUGGUUCAUUAUUUAAACUUGAAUUUCCUAUUCAUCACAAACGAUUUAAGAAAUAAACUGGUGAUGACUGCCUGACAAUUUCCUAAGGAAAUGUGUAAUUCAGAUCUUUGUUUUUAUUCCUGUGGGUUAGGGGGUGUGGGAGAUGGUGCCACCUUAAUGUACGUUUUAAGGUAAUGCCUGCUUGAUUGAAGAUGAGUUCAGUGUUGUAAAAAUACAGUUGUACAAUUGUCUUUUCUAUAACAUUUUCUACUCUAUUUCCCCUUGUAUAUAAAACAUGAAUAAAUUAUUUUUUAAAAGGAGAAA